AGGAGAACAAAUUCAGACACUGUACAUAUUGAACCCUGUUAUGUUGUGAACUUUUUGAAGUGUACGCUUAGUUGCAUUUGUCUUUGUCAGUACCAAGCCUUGUUCCUUUGUCCUUGACCUGAUUUGACCUUUUAUAUGGUUUAUGUUUAGCCUUUCUGGUGAACUUCUGAACUUCAUUUGACAUUCAGCUGAACUCUAAACCUGCAGCAUUUGCAGUUUUCCGUAUCCAGAACAACUUAUAAUUAUCUCACUUGUCUCACUUCCGGAAAAGAUACAUUUUUUCUGUAAAUGAGAUUCAGGACAUUCCAACAGCGGGGAACACCUUAAACAUCUGCAUCAUCAAAUAGCAAGUUGACUAAAUGUGAAACUGGUUUCCAAAGACAACAAUUACAGUGACAGAGUUAAUAAGGAGAACAACCAAAAUGUAUAAAAGAGAGCUGAACUUACACAAGAUGUUUCAGAUCAAAUCUGAGGAUACUGAAGUGAGACUUCAAUAACUUCUCAUCUCACUGGUCUUUAAGACUUAAUCACAUUUUCUUUGUUCUUCAUAUACUUGGUUUUUGCAGCUUCUGUUUUUACUCCACCUGAAAAUGGCACUGAAGCGAACUCCUUCAGCUCUUGGCCUCUUAGACAUCAUCGAUAACAUCGACAGGCCAGCAGAAGCGUUCGCUGAUGGAGCGUACGCAGAUACAGAAACAUACACUAAUGGUUUUGAAGACAAACCUGGGAAGCGCAUCCCUAAAGCCGGAGCUGUUGCUGAGGCCGGUGUAGGACGAGCUGGAGCAUCAUGGAGCAUCUUUACAGUUGGAGCUCAAGGUCCACAUGCUUCUCUGAAGGCUGAGGCUAAAGGGCUGGAAGCAGGAGCCAUGGCUCAUGCUGAGCUUGGAAGUGUAUCUGCUGUAGCUGGUCCGGCUAAAUUGAAGCUGGGUCUGGGGAUCGAUACCGGUUUUAAAAUUAGCCCCACUAAAGUGAAGGUAAAGGUUCUUGGCACAGGAGUGACAAUCGGAUCUACAAUGGGAUUUUAUUUUUUUGGAAGUGAAAUUAAAUUCAAGAUUUGGUAAAAAUUUGUUUCAAAUCUCUUUACUUUUUAACUGAUGAAUCUUUUCAGGAGGAGUAAUAGAUCAUUAAUCCUCAUAUUCUAUAAAACAGAAGUUACUCCAACCCUCAUGUGUGUGUUAUAGAGUGUACGU